AUGCUGGACUGGAACGACACCAGCCUCCGCUCCGUUCCUGCUGACCGUCAGGAAAAAUGGGACUACACCACGCCAGCAAGUGAGGCCGAAAGCAAGCGACAAUGGGAGAUUCUAGCCUGGCAGUACCAGCGCCUGACACUAUUUGAACGAUGGUCGUACUACAAGCCCCUCGUCGGCGUUGUCCCCCCGGCGCCAGCCUCCCAGGAACUCAGCGAGCGAAUUCUCGGCUCGAAUCAGACCACGCAGGAGCGCAAGAUCAGUGAAUCUCAUUCCUGCAGGGGCCACAUUGCACCCCUCUGGCUGCGAACAUGCUACGACCCCACCAUGGCCACCCGAUACGGGGAGCUCGAAUGGGCCGCCAACCCGCAAGACUUCCUGGAAGAUAGGGUCCUUGACAAUGAAGCACUUUACGCCUUCCCCGACGGUCCCGAUUCCUGGCGACGAGUUCUUGUUCGCAUGCCGGCAUUCACCGAGUUCCUCGGCGCGUGCCCUAUGGACGGAGACGGAGCCAACUUCCAGUACCACAGUGGCUUGGACGACGAUGAGAUCCUACAGCAGAUCGAGGCAAUCCCCGACGAGAGGUCGCGAGAAAUCUCUCGUAUCUCGAGGCGGGUGCAGGCGGUGCUGUACCUGGUGGAUCGAGAAGCCAUUAGCGCGGGGGUGAUCAAGGUGCUCUGGUUGGACGAGCACGGGGAGGCUGUCUGGGACAACCGGAUUCAGCCGGAUGGCCUGGAGGAACUCACGCUGCAGGUCCAGGAUGCAAUUCGGUUCGAUGAAAUUGUGGACCAGGACGGGAAUCGCGGAGAUUUGCUUUUAAUCUAG